AUGGCUUCAAGGGUCUCUCCAAAUUCAAAUUGUUGGCAACUGAGAACCCCUUGUUCUCUAUCUCAUUCAUGGAAGACACCACGUUCAGUUCCUUCUUUGCCACUGGCAAGUUUCACUCGUAGCAAGAACAGUGCCAUCAUGCCAUGCCGUUUGGUUCAUGGAUUCACAUCUCCAUGCAUCAGGAAUUUGAGGGUGCAAAGAGAGAAUCGUGUCUGCUGCAUCCCUUUUCACCAUGCAGGCGCCAAUCAUGAUGAUCAUGGUGAUGAGAAUGAAAAGGAAAUGGCUUUUGUCGUUUCAGACAAUUCCAAAAAUAGAGAAGUGAAUAGCUUUUUUUCCAUGAAGCCUGAUCUUCUGGAACCUUCUCUUCUGGGAAUCCAGCCUGAGCCACCUAGCUGGCCUGAGAGAGAAGAGAUUCUGAGGCUGAGCUUUGAGAGGAGAGUGAAGGGUGUGGGGAUUCCCUUUUCCAUUAGGAUGAUCAGGAAGAAGCUUCAAUUGCAGAAGAGUUUGAAGGAGACAAGUGAUUUGAGUUAUUGUUCUGUAAACAAGGCCUUCUCUUCCAUGUUGUUUAUCUUCCACCAGCUUCAAAACUAUGCCUUGCAAACAAGGGAGAGCAUGUUCCUUGAGGACUUUGAAGGUGUCAUGGACAAGUUGAGGGUUGACAUGGAUACUUCAUUUGUGUGGCUAUUUCAACAGGUUUUCUGCAAGACCCCAACUCUAAUGGUCGAUGUCAUGGUCCUAUUAGCCAACUUCUCUGUCUUCUCUAUGGCACAAACUCCUCCUUCCAUGGUUACAAACAUGCUACCAUUGAGACAUUCAGAACAAGUUGGUGUUGAGACUCAACAAGACGAGCAUAGCAAGGAUAAAGGAUUGGCAGAGGAAGAGAUGUUGUGGCACUCCAUGGUUGAAGAAGCUUCAAUUAUGCAUAAAGGGCUAGAUAAUAAUGAGGUUUUGGACCAUGAAACAAUGAAAAGAUUUGUGUCACCUAUGUCUGUGGAGCUUGAAAGUGAUCAAUAUGAGGAGUAUGCCACCACUGAUCUGUAUUACCAAAAGCAUUUGCGCUUGUCACCACAUAAUUCUCUUCUGCUUUCCAACUAUGGACACUUCCUUUUCCUUGUUGCUCGUGACAUUGAUAGGAGUGAAGAGUACUACCGGCGUUCGGUGCUAGCAGAGUCGCCGGAGGCUGAAGCAUUCAGCAGAUAUGCUGAUUUCUUGUGGAUGGUAAGAAAGGAUCUUUGGGCAGCAGAACUCAGAUAUCUUCAAUCAUUGGAAGCAGAACCGGGCAAUACUUACUAUAUGUCAAAGUAUGCAAGUUUUCUUUGGAACACAGGUGGACAAGAUAACACAAGCUUUCCCCUAGAAGAAAUAGACAAUUUGCAACUAUGACAUUGUUGACCAUAUGAUUCAUCAUCAUCAUCAUCAUCAUCUUAGAUGAGUGAUGUGUGAAUA